AUGGCAACUCUGGGUACUGGUAUGCGGUGUCUUAAAAGCUGUGUAUUCGUUUUGAAUAUCAUCUGUCUGUUGUGUUCCCUAGUACUGAUUGGGGCUGGUGCCUAUGUAGAAGUUAAGUUCAGCCAAUAUGGAGACAACUUGCACAAGGUCUGGCAGGCAGCACCCAUUGCUAUAAUUGUUGUUGGAGUAAUAAUUCUUAUAGUGAGCUUCUUGGGUUGUUGUGGAGCUAUAAAAGAGAACGUCUGUAUGCUGUAUAUGUAUGCAUUCUUCCUCAUUAUACUUUUGAUUGCUGAAUUGGCCGCUGCCAUAGUUGCAGUUGUUUACAAAGAUAGAAUCGAUUCAGAAAUCGACGCAUUGAUGACUGGUGCUCUGGAUAAACCGACUCCAGAAAUAACUGAGUUCAUGGAUUUGAUUCAAUCAUCAUUCCAUUGCUGUGGAGCCAAGGGUCCUCAAGAUUAUAAGGCAAACAUUCCAGCUUCAUGCAGAGGAGAGAACACAGUCUAUCAUGAGGGCUGUGUACCUGUCUUUGGAGCAUUCUUGAAACGCAACCUAGUGAUUGUUGCUUGUGUUGCAUUUGGUGUGUGCUUUUUCCAGUUGUUAAGCAUUGUCAUAGCUUGUUGUUUGGGUCGCCAAAUAAAGGAGUACGAAAAUGUGUAA